GACUGCUAGUGAACUGCGCACGCGCACAUCUGGAGCUAAACGUUCUCUACCAGAGGCGGCGCUCUGGUCUCCAGGCAACGGGAUAACAGAGGUGGACGGAGUGCGCCUGCGUGGACGGCGGUUGGGUUUAGUCAGGUGUGGAAAACUAGGUCUUGGGGAUUUUCCUUGAGCUGGAGCGGCCCCCCCGAGCGCCUCAGGCUUCAGUCCAGGCACUGAAUGGCUGGUCUCCAGUUGGCUCCACAUCUGCCUGUGGGCGUUAUGUUCCCACAUAAUAAAACAGAAGCUCCUGGGCUCCACUCGGCUAAGCACGACCCUUACGAACAUAGUGACUCUUCCCAGCGGUCCUCCAUGGGACAUUUGAGGAAUACGUUCCAGCAGAAGCUUUGGAGCAACACAGAGCUUGGGCGGGAGGAUGAUGUCUCCACCCACCCCAAAAGGAACAUCUGCACAAAAGCCCGGAGGCACUCCUGUCCCCACAGUGCAGGAAUCAGCCAGCAAGGCUCAGGAAACAAUGACCAGGGCCAAAGAAAGGGGUUGUUUUACUUGUCUAGCCCGACACCCCGGUAUCCCAAAGCAAAUGACCAGGAUUUCAUUCCCUUUAGGAAGAAACGAGUUGGCGUGGAUCGGGCAUACCCACUGAAACCCAUGGUCCACCGGAAGUCACACAGUACAAGUGAAGCAGGCACUGACGGGGACCAGAAUGGCUACCCAAGACUCCCUGACUCAAGUGAGUUUUCAGACAACAGCUUUGGUUUAAGGAGCUGGAUGAAUUCAUCUCUUCUUGCUUCGGUGCCGGCAGAGAAGGUCAUAGCAGAGGUCCAUAGGAUGGAGUGGACCCAGAUCCAAAGGCUAGAAGCUGCAGGGGAGAGUUUACAGAAGGAAAUCCGAAGAAAGGAGAUUCUCCUGCGAGAAAAGCUGAAGAAGACAGAGGAGGGUCUUCGAAGGAUUCAGAAGGAAAAGAAACAGGCCAUUUCCCAGGAAGACGGGGAGCUACAAAGGAUGGUACUACCUAGGAGGAGGGUUAGAGAUGGUGACCGCAACACCACACACAAACCCUGCUUGUCCCCAGAGGUCAGGUCUGAGGUAUUCAGUAGAAACAGGGGAGAGGAUCAAACUUGUGAGCAGGCUCAGGAAAACUCUAGUCCACUCCAGCUCUCUGACUAUGAAAUCCAGAAGCUCAAAAGGGAAAGGCUGAUGGCAAGUAACAGUAAAAUCCGAGACCAAGACUCAGGACCCUCAGCAGACACCUUCUUUCAACCUUCAGAGGACCUGGGCAGUGCACUGCAGGCAUCAAGUUUGUGCGGAACCCCAGGCUCCUCAGGCUCCGGCUCCUCUACAGAAGAGCCAGAACUGAGCAAGUGCAGCCACUGUGGACGAUCGUUUCUUUCCCUCAGGCUGCAGAAACACUCCGCCGUCUGUGGCAAGAUGCAAGGCUCCAAAAGAAAAGUGUUUGACUCCUCCAGGGCCCGGGCGAAGGGCACAGAACUAGAGCAGUACUUGAACUGGAGGGGGCCAGCCACAGCCAAGGCUGAACCUCCUCCUCGGAAGAGCACCUGGAGACAGAAGCACGAGUCUUUUAUCCGUACACUCCGGCAUGCGCGGCAGGUCCAGCAGGUAAUCGCCAGAGGUGGCGAUCCCUCAGACUUGCCUUCCAUCCUGCCUGCAGAAAACCCAGACUAUGUGCAGUGUCCUCACUGCAGCCGCCACUUUGCUCCCAAGGUGGCUGAACGCCACGUACCUAAGUGUAAGACCAUCAAGAAUCGCCCUCCACCUCCGAGGAGGCACGACUGCUGAGCAGACAACCGCAGGAACUGCCCCACUCAGGCUGUGCUUCCCUCCCUUCAGUAGUAAACCAGAGAGUAAGUGAUGGAAAGCAGGGAGAAAGACUUUUCUCGAACUCAGGAUCUGCCCAUGAGAAGAGAGCCACUGCCUCACGGCAGGAGGCAAAUGGAAGCCCCAGCUUCUCACUGAAUCAGAACCUUGGCUGAGUGUUUCUGUUCUUGCCUGAAGAACUGGUAGGUGAGGACCCUGGGUAAUGAGGCUGCAUUAAAGCUCUUUUCCUGAGCCUAACCGUGGUUUGUGCUGGUGAAGUGCCCACAUUCAGCGUUGCUCGGCCACGGCACGUGUCCAGGGUUUCUGUUAGGCCUUCUUGCCCUUGAAAGUUGGGAUAUAAAGAUGAGUGAGUCAGGGUCCGAGUGUCACUGUCACGCAGAUGGUGACUCUUAUAAAAGGCAGUAAGAUUGUGCUGUGAGGCGUUACUGAUGGAAGUCUGUUCUUGGCCUCCAUGGCCCUCGGUCCUGGCUGAAAGCCAACAAAAGUUUGUCCCGUUAGGGGGCCAGUGUAUCCUAACCCUUCCCUGUGGUGUACUGUAUAAUGAGAUAGCUUAUGCACUUUACAGGAUAGGGAUGGAUAGAAAACAAUUUCACUUCUCUGUAUUUGUUCUCUUUAAACGUGUUUCAUAUGUUGAAGGAAGAAGCUGCUGGUACACUUUCAAAUAUGGCCGUGUGGCUGGCUGCCUUGAGGCAGCAGAGCCUGUCUAAGCAAGCGUGGACAAUGCUCACUGUUUCAUGGCCCUGAGAUCAGAACAUAGUCAUGCUUCUAUUUUAAACUCUGAAAGGGAUCAGGUCUUCUUAACCGUGGGAACAGUGCCCACUUCAAGUUAGGCCUUCGACUAAUGGGUUUGGGGAGCUUACGAAGGAUGACUGCUUAAGCUCCUAGAAGCACUGGCUAUUUAACCUGACAUGCCCUCUCCCCAGGCAAGCUUACUGAGGAGUACACACAGUUCUUUAUUCCACAGAACAAAGAAGCCAUGGCUAAAGUCACAAAGUCCCCACCGAUGCUCAAAAAUUUUAAAAGAUUUACAAGUGUUUUGAAUGCAUGUAUGUAUGUGCACCAAGUGCACGCCUGGUGCCUGCAGAAGUCAGAAGGGUGUUGGAUCUCCUGAAACUGGAGUUGCAGAUGGUUGUGGGCCACCAUAUGUGAGCUGAGAGCCCAGCUCCUCUACAAGAGCAACAAGUGGUCUUAACUCAGAGCCAUCUCUCCAGCGUCCCCACCCCACUCAUACAUAACAUUCAUAAAUGCUAUGAAGCAUUUAAAAAUAUGUUGACUCUAGGGUAGGAGCAUGUCAUGACAAUCUGGAGGCUGUGGAAACACUGGGCAGCAACCUACACAGGACACACUGGAAGGGGUUCAAAAUCUGCCGUUCUGCUCCUUCAGGAGGGAAUGAUGGCAGAUAGAACCAGACUCCCUUGCCUCAUCUGCUGGGCCUCCUAGGCAAGUGGAUUGGGAUCCCAUGAUGAUGUUAUUAGGGCCAUAGGUUAGAGCUCUCAAGAGGGAACAACUGUGUGUAGGGCUUUCUGCAGACAUAGUAGUUAUUCAUUUUUAAGGUGCCAAAGAGAAAACAAGAACCUAUGUCGUUGUAUUCCCUGUGAUCUUGGUUUUGUGUCUUCUAAAUUUAUCUGGAUUUGACUCUGGGGGAGGUAAGGGCCACUUUCAACCUUAGAGAUCACAUAGAUGCUGCCUGUAAAUGUCCAUGUUACUUUAAGCACGUGUUGUAAACGUUAUACAUUUUAAAGGUGAAAAGCUCUGGGAAAUUCGCAUGGUGAACCUCCCAAGGUAGCUCUUUUCAUUUAGAAAUGUGUGCAGACGUGUGGGGCUAAGACUUCCUGGCUCACACAGCAGUGCCUCUUGUCAACAUUUGCUUUUGGUCAGGUGAUCAUUCUUCACAACCGCACAGAUGGCGAGCAGAGCUGGGAUGUAGAUUUUCCCCCUCAAAGCCCAUGACCCAUGAGGUUUAAUGAUCAGCACAUUUAUGUCGGCAGUUAAUCACUGAGGCAAUAAAUGACUUCAGGCUUUGCAGAGAAUCUCCUAGUCCUGACUGGAGUCCUGACCCCGCCUCCCGCUAUCAUGACUGGUACUUCCUUUGAGGCCUGGGGAUCUCAUAUAAGCGACUUCCUCUAAAAUACCUACUUUUUCCUGGGCUGUUCUUCCCAUCAUAAAUGUUUCUGAAUAGAUAACAAACCAAACGAAAUCUGAGCAUUAGGAGCCUUUUGUUUUAAAACUUUAGUACGAUGUUCCGCCAAGAAAAGUAACAGCUGUUGUAGCAAGGAGACUGGGUUUUCCUGAGGAAGGUUUAUAGACAAACUGGCAUGACCACUUGGAAAAGUCUCCCGCCAGGACCAAGGAGGUGUGUACAACUCUGAAUCUUCUCGAUAUUAUGUAUGCAUACGGUGUGUAUGAGUGAGGCAUGCACACGCCAGUGUGUGAGGCCACAAACAGCACUGUGGACUCUGUAGGUUGGACUCUGGUCACCAGGCGUGCCCACAAGCCACUCCAACGUGCUAAGGGUCCUUCCUUAAAUGGCUCCUUCUCCUUCUGCACUUUCUAAAUUUUUGCAAACUUUUGGGGACAAUUUUUUUUUUCUGGCAAGAAUGAGAUUAAAAAACAGCAGAGGUUAUUUCCGUGUAA